UCUCCUCGGAUAGCUCUAUUUAACGUAAUUUUCCCAAGCGUUUCCCUCAAUAGCCACCACUCGUGUACUCCAAUCUCGUGCCCCCACCACGACUGAGGACUUCGUAGUAAAUUUCACACCAAUUACCUUAACAAUGAAGUCCAAACAACAUCCUCGAAAGUCCUCACCUGUCCCGCCACCAUUUCUAUAAUAUUCUUCUUCUCCCAAUCACUCAAACCAACCCACCAUUAAUGGCUUCUCCUUUUCAAUAUAUACCCUCCUCGUCCUUCUCUCUUCCUCGCACCAGUUCAUCAUAAGACCCCUCCGAAGAAACAAAAUUAAUGAUACCAAUGGCAUGGAGCGGUCCAAAAGGCACGUCCAAGAAGCUAUGGCGCAUCGCAAGAUCCAUCUACCGCAUGCUCCGAAGGGGCGUCAUAAGAGCGGUGGACCUCCACCUCCUCCUCCUCCAACGAGGCAAGAUCGCCGGCAAGGCCCUCGGCGACGUCCUCGCCUCCCACCACCAGUACUGCACCACCUCAGGCGGCACCAGCUACCCCUCCGCCUUCUCGUGCCGGUCGAUGGAUCUCAACACUGCCUUCUACUCCCCCAGAGAGGUUCAAUUCAGCUGCAGUAAUACUCCUUCCUAUCCGUCCUUCUAUUCUACUAAGCGAAGGAGCCGCCGCCACCGUGACUGCUACUAUAACUACAGCGUUGCUUCCAUGGCCAAGGCUUUUGAGAUUCUAAACUCAGAGAUAUUGGAAGCGGAUGUUGCGGUGGCGUCGCCGUCGCCGGUGUCGGAAUGGAGCUAUGGGAAGAGCCCGGUGGCGGUGCGGCAGCUGAGGGUGACUGAUUCGCCGUUCCCGACGAGGGAGGAGGAGGAGGAGGAGGAGGUGGUGGAUGGCCGAAUUGAUAGCGAGGCGGAGGAGUUCAUCCGCUGGUUCUACGAGCAGCUGCGGCUGCAGCCGUGCGUCAGUCCCCGUGUGGUCACCGGAGCGAGCCAGUACCGGUAGGCCGAGCUUGAGCUAGCCAUGACGUGGGUCGAAUAGCAAUGGUUACAGGGUUGGGUUGGUGUCAGUAAUUAAAUCGGUGUGAGUAUUGCAUCGCUGUUUCUGUCUUCAAAUUCUCUUGCUUUUUUUUUUUUUUGAUUACAUAAUAUUGGAGCUGUGUAUCGUUUUACAUAAUAUUGGGUAUAUGUUCAAGUAACAAUAAAAUGAAAAUUCUUAUA